AGUUGCCGGACGUAGUUUCCCAGAUCGGACGUCCAGCACGCCCACCUCACCCCGUCCACAUCGAUACUCUUUAGAGAUCCGCCUCAUCCUGCAUGACUGCCCUCGAGACCAUGUACGGUGCAUGAUGCCGUAGAUCAUGUCGUCGUCCCGAGUGGGCAUCAAACCCCGAUCGGGGUGUCAGAACUGUCGUGCGCGGCAUCUGAAAUGUAUGCCUCUACCUCACCCGUCCAUUCCCGCAUCGCUAUCUCUGGGUCGCUAACUCCACUCCGUCCAGGCGACGAUCUACAGCCAUCUUGCGCUCGAUGUGAAAAGAGUGGCCUGUACUGUGAUCGAGAGUACAAGAUCAGAUUCCGGCACGAGGCCAACCCCAGUAUCAAUGCUGGUGGGUCAGGAAAGCGUGGGCUGGACUUUGGCAAGUCGCAGCCGUGGGUGAAGACGUCCUCGAGUCUGACCUUUCUUGAUGGAACCCGACAUCUGAAACCCUCGGCCGAGUCUGGUAGCAAGCGACAAAGAGCACUCUCAGCCAGCCCGCCGACUUCUCAACCCGCGCUCCUCCAUUCCACUUCCAGUCUUACUGUCGACAGUGCUUCACAGGCCGACGAAAGCUCUUCAAGAGCCCGACCUCAUGUUGAACGCGCAACCCACUCACCUCAUGCCUCCGUGGCCUCCACCUCUUUGCACGACUCUUUCGGGUCUCCACUGAAUCACUGGUCGUACUCACACCACCCCGAUCUAAUAUCAUCUCCAACUACCCACAUCAACACUCAUUCGCCCGAUCAGUCCUCGGUCACAGGGAUGCAACACAACUACCUCGCCUUCAGUCCAUCAAGGGAUGGACUCGCAGGUAACAUGUCUCGCGACAGCUACGCAAUCGCCGCUGGUCCUACCACCGCCUCCACUUCGGCAUCUGGAAUCUAUCUUGAAAGAUCUGUCUGGCCACUUGAAAGCAGGCAAGAAGCGGCACUGCUGCGGCACUAUGUGCAGCGCCUGGCUCGCAACUUUGACCUGUCAGAUCCUCUCCGUCAUUUCAGAACGGUCGUGCCGCAAAGGGCAGCAACAUGCCCUCUGUUAUUGAACGCCAUAUACGCUCUUUCAGCGCGUCAUCUGAGUCGAGUCGGGGACUACGAUCCUCUGGUGUCAGAUCGAUAUCAUCAAGAAUGUCUCAAGCAUGUCAUUCCCAUACUCGACGAUCCCGAAGCCAUUCUUGACGAAAACCUACUUGCAUCGGCUGUCAUCUUGAGACACCUCGAAGAAUUCGAAGAACCGCUUUCCGGAUGCUCUCCGGCAGAUCGUCAGAGCCAUCUCAUUGGAUCACACGCUCUAAUCAAAGCCCAAGGACCGGCUGCAAUGUCGGAAGGGCUUAGACAAGCAGCGUUCUGGGUGUGCCUGAGACAAGAAAUCUACGUCGCAUUCAUCAAUCAGCGCUCCGUCGCUAUCGCGCAUGACGAUUUAAACCUCGAUCGAUCUUUGGACACCACUACGGAUCAUGUCUGGAGCUGUAGAAUGGUCGCUCUCUGCGCCGAUACCGUUCGCUUCUGUUUUGGAGAGGACGACAAACCGACGAGCGGGUAUGACAGACUAGCACUUGCAGUGCAACGGUGGCACAGCUCUAAAUCGGAGUCUUUCACGCCGAUUUACUGCAAAGAAGCGGAUGAAGAUAAUCUCUUUCCGGACAUCUGGUUUCUGAGUGACGAGGUCACGAUCGGAUUGCAGCACUACUACAUUGCGAAACUGCUACUGUGCGCACACAAUCCGAGAAUGCCCCGCCUGGGCCCCGGCCGAGCGAGCGCUCUUCGAGCAAUGGAUGACGAAAUCAAAGACUACGUCCGUGUGCUCUGCGGCAUCGCAAUGAGCAAUCCGGACACGGCGCCGAAUUUUACUUAUGCGUUCAUGUCGGUGGUUGCAGCAGGAGACAAAUUCACGCUAAGAUCUGAACAAGAGGCUUUGCUGAAUGUCCUGAACAUCUGCGAUUCACAGUAUGCUUUCCCGACGAGCCAUGCUCGUGAGAACCUGAAGGCCGCGUGGGGCUGGACUCAAGAAAUUGAGUAGUCGCGGGCGGCUGUUACGACACGUAACACAGCUAAGGAGACCGUGAAUCUGCCAUGAAU